AUGGUGGAACUGUGUGAACUGAAACUGAUUGAUCAAGGAUUGGAGUGUCAAUGGCCACCGGAUAUUGACCAGCAUAUUGCACAACUGGAAUUCGAGCAUUCCACCGAUGACGAAGACAACAGUUUAUUUUCGAGUAUGGCACUUGAUCCAUCCAUUAUAUCAACCGAUAGCCUUGACGUCGAGAAACUACAUGCCAGAUGUGAGGUGAAUAAGAAUGACUACAAACUAACGUUCGAAGAGAGCGGUCAAUGGGCAAGCGGCAAUCUAACAACAUGGGGACGUAUUCGAAGCACCGAGCCGUUAGAUGAUAAAAGCAAUAGCUUACCGGAGUUGAAUAGUACGAAACGUAUAACAACAACGAACACAACUCAGUCAACGAAACAGUAUUCGAAUCAACGGCAGCAACAGCAACAGCAGCAGCAGCAGCAAUCAUCACAACGUCCAUCCAGUCUUCUAGCAACAUUCGUCGAAAGACAACCAGAUUAUGAAUAUUCUGAAUUGUAUGUUGGCAACGGACGUUACGUGGACGUGAAUGAUAACGAAAUUGGCUUUGUACCGCAUAGUACAGCCGCGUUACAAUCAGCUGAUCGUUGGAGAGCUGCGAAUCGUUUACCCGCUAAUCCACCAUCGAAACCACGACGAACGUUCGCCGAUUUUCAUCAGUCGAAUCGAGCGCCACAUCUCGAUUUUAUGGUCAUGCAACAUCAGAUGCCAAGUCUGUGUCAAUCGUCAAUAUCACUUGAUGAGGUUAUGCUAAAAGUAAGGGAAGGAACACUUGAGGACGAUAAAUUGGAUUUAUCACUUUUAAGUGUUCUUCAAAAAGGUGGUCCUGAUUCAGGCUUAGGUAGUAGUGCAAGUGCAAGUUCUGGUCCAACACAUAUCGAAGAUUGGCCUUCAUUAGCAAUUCUAUUACCAAGGCAUGUGGUUGACGCUUGUUCGUUUUUCAAAGCGAACAGUCGUCUUUUAACUGGCUCAAAUAACAUUGAACGAGUGACGCCACGAAGGAAUAACGAAACGGCAUGCCGGACAUGUUUUAAUGUUCGGAAACGUUUACAUCCACCGGUUUGGGCACAGCCAGCGAGUGCCAGACAUAUUCUCGAACGAACUUCAACUCAAUGUUCAAGUCGUGAACGAAAUUCCACGACAAAUCGACUCAAACUUCAUGCGCAAGAGUUGAGCAUCGUUGGACUCCCAAUAUACGAUACGAAACGAAUGCUCGUUGAGAAAGUGGUCGAGGGUGUAGCUGAAAUAGCGCGAGGGAAUAGCGCAUCGAAUUUAUGCACUGCAAUGGAAACGCUUAUUUCAGAUGGUCUUAAAGAGCAGCAUCCAUGGCAAAUGAUCGUUACUGUCACUAAGCCAGGCCCAGCAACAAAUAACGUUUUUUCAUUGGUGCAAGAGUUGGACGUCAGCGAGAAGUCCUUGAAUUCUCGUGUUUCAACCUUCUUCGAUGAAUUACUACGACUGGGUUCAGUGGACUGUUGGGUUUGUUAUGUGGUGUUAAAAGAGAACGUUCUACGUACACUGUACGGUGAUGGUGCAUUCAUGUUGCAAGCGAGUACGGCAUAUCGUAGUUUGUUAUGGCGUUUGGUUGAGAACCUCGAGUUGUUGACCGUAUUGGAAAAGCGUGCGGAAAAUCAGUCGUCAUCAUUAUCAAACUACCGAGAAACAACACAUGUGGAAGCAUCUCGUAUCGCAAGUGAUUCAAGAGUGCCAAAAAGUUCAUCAGUACCAGCUAGACUGUGUACGUCGCCAACAACAACUACGGCCCCAACAUGCAAACCCGUAGAUACUGCUGCAUCUGAGUCAGCGUGCUGCAACACCAUCUCAUCAAACGCACGUUCUUUACGUCGAUCUCGCAUUCCAAAACUCUCAUCAAGACCGCAACGUUCCACUUCAAUCGGUGCCACCACAAAUCGAUCCUUGUCACCAUCGUCAACAAAUCGAUAUUUACCCACGAGAAGCUUUGCCUCAGCUAUUGAUGAUCUCGAUUUACCAGGCUUUUUACCCGUAUCGCGCGGUGAACGUUUACGUUUGAUGACUAUAUCUCGUGGUCCUUUGGUACGUUGUUGUCGUGUAAGACCACGUUACGAUCGUAUCUUCCAGGGGCUUAUGCCCAAAACAAAUUUGACAAUCCAUUGA